AUGAAAGAUCUGUAUGAUCUACAGGCCAACCGUGUCCUCGAAGCAUAUACAGCAGUGCAGCCCAUUCACACUGAAGAUCGCGUCGUCAAGGAAUGGCUGAAACGGACAACCGUAAACUCGCCCAACACCUGGGAACUGCUCAAAGCCUCUGCGUUCUACUUGGACAAGCACAAACACCGAUUGACACUUGCUUUCUUGGUAGCUGGAAAAGAGCUUUGCUAUAUUAAGGCUAUGGCUAGACCUGGUAGCAGAGUCACUGUUGGAGAUCUGUAUGCGACGUACAAGCCAAAGAAAGAGAAAAAGGCCAUCAACAAGCGUCAAGUCCCGCUGCCCAUUACUGAGUCGUCGGAGUCGAGUGAAGAGGAGUUCUUUGAUGCGCCUGGGUGA